CUUCGUGAAAAGCAUGGCAGUAGUAAUAAAUUAAGAAUGGAAAGAUCAAAAGGUGCAGAAGAAAGAAGGCGAUCAAGGGCAUGCAUGUGACAUCCGUUUUUUUAAUCCUAUAGAAGAUAGAUAACACCUCUUGAACUCUUUAUAACAAUCCCAUGCUUUCAUUCAGUUCAUUGAAAUCAUUUCAUUCCCCUCUUCUUCAAAGACAUGGCAAAACUUGUCUGUUUCUUAACAUUGCUCUACUUUGCCCUCUGCAUGGUUGGCACGGCAGGGUGUGCCUCCAGCCCCACAGAUUUCAUCAAGUCCUCAUGCAAGGCCACUCGCUAUCCAGAGUUAUGUGUCGGAUGCUUGUCAGGUUAUGCUAGUGUAAUUCAACGAAAUGAGCGACGUCUAGCUCUCACUGCCUUGUCAGUGAGUCUAGCCAGGGCUAGGUCAGCUGCAGCAUUUGUGACCAAGAUGACUAAAGUUAGGGGAAUUAAGCCUAGAGAGUACCAAGCGGCGAAGGACUGCAUAGAAAACAUGGGUGAUAGUGUGGAUCGACUUAGCCAGUCAGUCAGAGAACUUGGUCAUUCGGGUCGAGCUGUUGGUCGAGACUUUUUGUGGCAUAUGAGUAACGUGCUGACUUGGGUUAGUGCUGCACUAACUGAUGAGAACACCUGCCUUGAUGGGUUUGCUGGCCAUCGAAUGGAUGGAAAUGUGAAGGUUGCCAUCAAGCGCCGGAUCAGCAAUGUUGCUCAGGUCACUAGCAAUGCGCUUGCAUUAGUUGAUCGUUUUGCAUCUAGACACCGUUCCAGAAAUCCUUAGAAUUCAUCUGAAGCUGAUGGUUCCAGUUGUGUGUAAUCAUCACCAAGCCUUACAAGUAAGGUUAUAUGUGUGGCCUAGUUUUGUGUUUGAGCUUGCUACUCGUAUGUAAAUGUAAGAUAAAUAACCUUAAGUUUGUAACAAGCUACUUCUCCUGUUACUGCUACCUCCGUCCCGUUUCUUGUAAACUAGUACUACUAAGCAUAACCCAUCUCUCUCUUUCAUGGUCCUUGUAACUAUAACUUGUCUUGCUGAAUUGCAGCUUUCACAGUUCAUUGGAAGAAUAGGGUGAAGAAAUCAA